UCAGCAGCCACACAUAAUACUGGUGAACUGCAGCGGUAGAUACCUCGCCGUCUCUCGCAAAUGGCGGCGUCGUCCACCUCCUUGCUCCGUCCUCCUUCCACCUUCGCCCCUGCACUCCUCUCGCCACUCCAGUCCCGCCGCAAGCCCGCUUCGCAGCUCGCCCUCCGUGGCUGCCCACACCGUCGCCGCCGCGUCUCCCUCGCCGCUUCGUCCGCGGCCUCGCCGGACGUAGAGAAGGAACCCUCGCCCUCGCCCUCGCCGCAGGAGAAAUCCCCUGAUCUGUCGGCCGUGGCGGAGAGCGUGAAGGUGCUCAAGGAGGCGGCCAAGACGAGGAAGGUGCCGGCGCCGGAGUUGCUCGCGGCAUUGGAAAAGAUCAAGAAGGCAAAGCUCGACACAUCCACGUUCUUCGAGACCCUGGGAGGGACAGAGUCCCCGGGAAGGACAUGGAUGCUCAUCUUCACUGCUAAGGGUCGGCUGGAGAAAGGGCAGUACUUCCCGGUGACUGCAGUCCAGCGCUUUGAUGCUGCGGGGAAGAGGAUUGAGAAUGGCGUGUAUUUGGGCCCCGUUGGGUCCUUAACCUUUGAGGGGAGGUUGUCAUGGAAGAAGAAGAUCCUUGCAUUCAUCUUCGAGCGGGUUCGCAUAAAGGUCGGGCCUUUCGGUCCCCUCGAAAUCGGCCUCGGAGGUGGCGACGAUGGAAGGGAGCCGAGCACAAAGGACCCCUUCUUCGUGUGGUUCUAUGUUGAUGAGGAAAUCGCCGUGGCGCAAGGCAGAGGAGGGGGAGUGGCUUACUGGUGCAGAUGUAAGCGUGUUCCAUGAACUCUGAAGAUUUAGUCUUCGUUCCAAGCUGUUCACAGUUUCAGUCUCUGUAUAGAUAUUUUUUUGUCUCGCACAUUGGCAAACGAUGAAGCAUUGAAAUGAUGUUAUUGUGUAGUGUUCUAGUUUGAGAACAUCCUGCUUGUACCUGUAAUUUCUCUCGGUAUAGAAUAGCAAACGAUUGGGCAGAUUUUGCAAGUAUCCCUGUGGUUGCUGAUCAAUCAUGGUUCACAUACUUUCCU